CGCGUCUUAUUAGGUCAUGUCAAGGGGUCUAUUUGCGGUACUAUGAGGAGGAGAGCUGUUAUAGUCAUCCGUUUUCUAGGGUAGUCGAGCCCUUGGAUUUUUGUACUCGGGUGUUGUUAAUUGAGCCAUUAAUUUGGUUCCACCUCUGCACGUUUGCUUUCUGCUCUGCGUUGAUCGACGACGGAAUGGCGGACUGGAAGAUGCCAGUGAGUUACAACUUCAACCCGUCUUAUCAUGCGUAUGCAUACGGGCUCGUGUAUCCGCAAGUGUCAGAACACGGCCACCCGAAUCUGAGCUGGGCCGAGGCCGCGUACACCCACUCCGGCGGGGUCAGCGCUACUUAUUACUCCGCGCAAACCGCCCAGCAGUCGCCGCCCUGGAGCCCGGAGAACGGCAGCGCCAGCGCCUACGGUCACUACCCGAGUCACUCGCAGAACGGGCGGCUCUUCCUCUCGUAUAGUAAGACUGAGCCCGAUCCGAAGCCGAAAGACGCAGAGCAGGUCGGCAGCGAUACACCCAGUGAUUCAGAGGCCCAUACGCCAGAUUCCUGGAGCUCAAGCAGCAGUCGUGAGGGGGCCGCUCUGACCAACCUAAAUCUUCAGUCCUGGGCAGAUCGGGAUUAUGAGACGGACAGUGGUAGUCCUGACAGCGGAGAGCAAAUCCCAAACACCAUAUCUACAGCCAAAGAGGAGCAAGCGAGUCUGAAUCUGGGGAUGGAAACCUUGCCUCCACUGCCUGUUUUGACCGCAUCUCCAGCCCGACCUCCAACCCAGACCCGCAAGACACGGGCGGCCUUUUCUGAAGAGCAGAUGAAUGCUCUGAUCCACCGGUUCAAUAUCCAGAGAUACCUCACGCCGGCAGAGAUGAAGACGCUCGCUGGAGCGACGGGUCUUACAUACAAACAGGUUAAAACUUGGUUUCAAAACCGUAGGAUGAAACUCAAGAGGCAUCAAAGAGACAGUAGUUGGAUGACGGAGAGGUAUGUCGUCACUGCCAACGCCAGCACACCAGCUCCUCACUCUCAGUUUCAGACUGAAACCCCCCGAUCAACCCAAGACCCCUACAGUAACCCUCAGGUGAGAGAGCCUGUGUUCAAGAGGAGCCCUCAACAAAAUCAGUUCUACCCCGGCUACCCCCAGACACGCUCUCCUUCCCAGGCCACCGCAAGACCCCCGGGAAACUGGCCUCUGCCCCCAGCUGUGACGCACUACGAGUUCCCCAGCCCUGCUGGCUACAUGCAAGCCCGUGAAGGCAGCAAUGUGGCCAACAAAGACGACAGCCCUGCUCAGAUGGCAUCCAUGCCUAGUGCCGCCCAGUGGACGACGAAAGGAAUGACUUUGCUGCAGUGAUGUCAUGGGUUGCCAGGUGGGGGACCAAAUGAGACGUGUCUCAAGAUUUUUGUAAACUCUGGCUUUUUUUUAAAAAAAAAAAAACCCCUCAGCAUGUUUUAUACCGAGAUCUAUUUUUAUAACUUCAUUGUACCUUUCAGAGUAUUUAAUAUUGUGAUCCUUUUUGCUCUUCCAGCUGCUCGUUUACACUCUUUGAAUUUUAGUCAGGACAAGUUGAAUUCUCUUGAGUUUCAUGAAUUUGUAUAUGCACUGCUCUAGAUCUAAUGUAUACGGGAGAAGGUUGUCUGUAUUGCACUGUUUUGUUCUGUGUAUCCAUUUCCUUGCCUUUCACCACUUCUGUGUAUGUGAUCUGUACUGCAUUUUGUGCGUUUUCUUGGAAAAAAUCUUGCUCACUGGGCCUGGUCCAUACUAAAGGAACAAUGCAUUGUAACUGCUACUCAUUUAGGCUCGUGCUUGCCAAGUAUUCUUUCCCACCCAAAGAUUUUUUUUUUUUUUUUUUUUUUUUUGACCUGGUUGAGCAAUAAAUUUUUCUGAAGAUCUUCAA